AUGUCUGACCACAACCGCUCCCGCCGUCCUCAGGGCAGGCAGGCGUGGGACGAGCCGCAAGAGCGCAGGGACCGAACAGGCGGAGGCCGGCCACGCGACCGCCGAGACAGGGACGACCGUGACCGCAGGAGGGACGACGACGAUAGGGGACACGAUCAGGACAGGCGGCGGCACAGGUCGCGAUCGAGGGAUAGGCGCGACCGCAACCGAUCGCCCCCGCGCCACGACGACCGGCGCGACUACGGCCGCGACCGGCCUAGAGAGGGCGGGCGGGACCGCGAUCCCGACCGUCGUGGUCGCGAUGAGCCGGGUGCACGACACAGAGGCGCGGUGUCGCCACCUGCUAGAGGUGACCGAGGAGGUAUGCACAUGUACCAGAGUCUUGUUUUUCGCCCUCGCGAUCUAGAGAUGUCUUUUUGCGCGGAGGAGGUCCAGAGCUUGUCGAUCGGCGCAGCAGUGGCUAACACGCUCACCAAAGAGCGAGACAGGGACAGCAACAACAACAACAACAGACGGCGAUCUGCCUCCCCGCAGCGCAGCCAGAGUCCCGAGCGCCGCAGCUACCGGGACGACCGCGGCGCGCCACUACCCACCCGGUCCAAGGGACCGCCGGAAAAGUCGAUGUCCAUGUCGUUCAGGGUAGGCGGCGGAGGGCACGAAGAGCGGGGCCGCACGCGGGAGAGGAGCUACGAGGAGGAGCAGCACCGGGACAGCUUUGAGGGCACGCCCAUGGACGAGGACCGUCCGGAGGGUGGAGCCGCCGACGGCGAUGACGACGACGACGUGGUGGUCGAGGACGACGACGGCAUGGCGGCCAUGCAGGCCAUGAUGGGCUUUGGUAGCUUCGGCACCACCAAGAACAAGAAGGUCCUGGGCAACAACGUCAGCGGCGUGCGCAAGGAGAAGAAGACCGAGUACCGCCAGUACAUGAACCGGCAGGGCGGCUUCAACCGGCCCUUGAGUCCCAGCAGAUGA